CGCUAAGGUAACGUGAAUUAACGUGAUAUAAAUGAAAGACUUUGACGUGAAAGAGGACAGAGAGAAGGAGCUGACGUGUGCACGCGCUGUGAUUACCUGUCCGCUCAGCUGUGUGACUGUCACGAGAGGCUAAUUCACAGCCACAUGUGAAGAUGAGCGUCCCAGAUUACAUGCAGUGUGCCGAGGACCACCAGACGGUCCUGGUGGUGAUCCAGCCGGUCGGCAUCGUACCCGAGGACCAGUUUUUCAAGAUCUACAAACGAAUCGCCAGCGUGAGCCAGGUGAGCAUCAGGGAUUCACAGCGUCUCCUCUACAUCCGCUACCGUCACCACUACCUGCCUGAAAACAACGAGUGGGGAGACUUCCAGACGCACCGCAAGGUGGUGGGCCUCAUCUCCAUCACCACCUGCAACGCAGCCAAGGAGUGGCCCCAGACCGCUGAGCGCUUCCACGGCCAGAAGGAGGUGUACAGCUCCACGCUGUACGACUCGCGGUUGCUGGUGUUCGGGCUGCAGGGAGAUAUCGCGGAGCAGCAGAGGACGGACGUGGCCUUCUACCCCAGCUUUGAAGACUGCUCGGAUGUGGAGAAGAGAGUGGAGGACUUUGUGGAGUCGAUAUUUAUCGUUCUGGAGUCCAAGCGGCUUGAUCGGGCCACAGACAAGUCAGGCGACAAGAUACCACUGCUCUGUGUGCCCUUUGAGAAGAAGGACUUUGUGGGUUUGGACACAGACAGCAGGCAUUAUAAGAAGCGUUGCCAGGGACGGAUGAGGAAACAUGUUGGGGACUUGUGUCUCCAGGCGGGCAUGCUGCAGGACGCCCUGGUCCACUACCACAUGGCGGUGGAGCUGCUCAGGGGGGUAAAUGACUUCCUCUGGCUGGGUGCUGCGUUGGAGGGUUUGUGUUCAGCCUCUGUCAUAUUCCACUACCCUGGAGGCACAGCGGGGAAGACCGCGGGACGCAAGCCGAGCAUCUCCCAGCCGGCGGACGCAGGCAAACGCCACAGACCAGGGGCUCAGGAGGUUCUCAUUGACCCAGGUGCCCUCACGGCCAACGGCAUUAGCGCAGACACCAGCACCGAGAUUGGACGAGCGAAGAACUGCCUGAGUCCCGAGGACAUUAUCGAUAAAUACAAAGAAGCCAUCUCCUACUACGGAAAGUAUAAGAACGCGGGAGUGAUCGAGCUGGAGGCCUGUGUGAAAGCGGUCAGGGUGCUGGCCAUUCAGAAGAGGGCCAGGGAGGCCUCCGAGUUCCUGCAGAACGCUGUUUACAUCAACCUGGGACAGCUCUCAGAGGAGGAGAAGAUCCAGCGCUACAGCAUCCUGUCCGAGCUCUACGAACUGAUCGGCUUCCAUAGAAAGUCUGCGUUCUUCAAGCGUGUUGCAGCCAUGCAGUGUGUGGCUCCCACCAUCCCGGAGCCAGGCUGGAGGGCCUGCUACAAGCUCCUGCUGGAGACGUUGCCUGGAUACAGCCUGUCACUUGAUCCCAAGGACUUCAGCAAAGGUACCCACCGAGGCUGGGCUGCUGUUCAAAUGCGCCUCCUCCAUGAACUGGUGUACGCCUCCCGCCGCAUGGGCAACCCCGGCCUGUCUGUUCGCCACCUGUCCUUCCUGCUGCAGACCAUGCUGGACUUCCUGUCUGAUCAAGAGAAGAAAGAGGUGACGCAGAGUCUGGAGAACUACACCGCCAAGUGUCCAGGUGGAAUGGAGGUCAUCACCCUCCCUGAUGGCCUGAAGCUCCCUCCGGUGCCCUUUACAAAGCUCCCAAUAGUCCGAUCAGUGAAGCUCCUCGAUCUGCCUGUCAGUCUGCGUCCUCACAAAGUGAAGGGCCUGCUGGGACAGAAUAUGUCCACUGCCAGCCCGUUCAUCUACUCACCAAUCAUCAUGCACAACAGAGGAGAGGAGCGUUGUAAGAAGAUAGACUUCCAGUGGGUCCAGGGAGAUGUUUGUGAAGUGCAGCUCAUGGUCUACAACCCCAUGCCUUACGAACUUCGUGUGGAGAACAUGGGUUUACUGACCUCUGGUGUGGAGUUUGAAUCCCUGCCUGCUGCACUGUCCCUGCCUGCAGAGUCUGGCCUGUACCCCGUCACUCUGGUUGGCGUCCCUCGCACAGCUGGCAACAUCACUGUCAAUGGUUACCACACAUCAGUGUUCGGUGUCACCAGUGACUGCCUGUUGGAGGGCCUGGCAGGUGUGAAGACCAGCGGCUGUUUGGUUGAGGUCAUUCCCUCCCUUCCUCGUCUGCAGCUCAGCACAUCUCUACCACGGUCAGCCCACACGCCUUCGCCCAUGACCAAAGAGGAACUGUCCAGCACUGUGUCCGUCCAGCUUUUCAAUGGAGAGACACAGCAGCUAACCAUCACCUUGGAUAACAUUGGAUCCGAGGACAUCGAGAGUCUGGAGCUCACCUCUAAGAUUGUCAGCACCAAAGAGAAAGUGUUCGGGGAGUUUGUGAGCUGGGACCUGGAGGAGGCUUUGUCUCACCUGCCUCUGAAGCCUGGACAGGCUGUCACACUGACUGUCAGCAUCAAAGUCAAGCUGGACUUCUCUGGCCAGGAGAACCUGCUGCAGGACCUCAAUGAUGAUGGGAUCAGCGUGACAGGCCUGCCAAUCUCCAGUCCGCUACGCCAAGUCCUCAAACCCAGGGCCGAGACCAAGAAUGUCAGCAGUGAGUCGGGAAAGGCGGAGUACAGCCAUGUUAAGACUUUGGAAGCAGUGCUCAACUUCAAGUACUCAGGAGGAGCAGGCAAAGUGGAGGGCUACUACAGGGAGCUGUCUUUGGGAGUCCAUGUUGAUGUGGAGCCAUCUGUUUUCUUCACCAGAGUCAGCACCCUCCCUGCAACCAGCACCCGCCAGUGUCAUCUGCUGCUCGACAUCUUCAACCCGACAGAACAUGAGCUCACCGUCAGCGCCAAGAAGAACCAGGACCUGGUUCUCCAUGCGAGCGAGUGCCAGAGGAUGGCGAUCCAGGUUGACAAGUUUGACUUUGAGAGUCUGCCACAGCCGGACCAGGAGACAGCUCGCUUCACCAAUCCCAAACAGCUAGAGGAGGAGCGGCAGCAUGCCCAGGGCUGCCAGAUCAACAGCAAGCUAGGCAUCUGUUGGAACAUCCCUUCCCUGCGGCGCCAUGGCGAGGCCAGCGUCGAAGGAGUCCUCAACCAGCUGGUCCUGGAGCACCUACAGCUCGCUCCUUUGCAGUGGGAUGUGUUGGUGAACGGGAAGCCAUGUGACUGCGAUGUCAUUGCCGACUGUAAAGUGGGCGAGGCUGUGAGCCUAGAGGUACGACUGACCAAUCGGAGCAAGAACUCAGUGGGCCCCCUGGCUUUGACUGUGGUGCCCUAUCAGGACUUCCAGAACGGAGUCCAGAACUACGAUUUGGACGACGCGGUCACCUUCAUCGGCUCAAACACCUUCUACAUUGACACGGUUAAACCCAAAGAAAACUCCGUAUGUGUGGGAGCUCUACUCUUCCUUUACACCGGAGACUUCUACCUUAAUAUCAAGUUCCAGGACGACAGUGCCGGACGAGAGCUUCCUUUAGCCUGGUUCACUCUGCCCAGUGUCCACAUCCGAGCCCUGGACACACCGCUCCAGGCUGGAGCUUAAGAUCCCGGUGGCCUCAUCAUUUUUAGCUGUGAAUGAAGGAUGUUGAUGUUCUCUGUAAAUACGCACAUGUAAAUAUUGUUUCGUCAAAGGUUAAAGCAUGUGUGCAGUAGAGCGCGAGGGGGGUUUGAAAUCUUUUCAAAGCUUGUUGCUGUGUUUUGUUACAGGCCACUAGUGUGCAGGUCUGUCCGGAUAGAACGCAAAGCAAAUUUUCAAUUCGAGGAAAAAAAAUUGUCUCCAGGAUGUAUGGAUCCACUCCAUAGAUUUACGGAGACGAGAGGACGACACUGGAGAGAAAAAUGACACGAAUUUGUGGUGAGAUCUGUCUGAGCAGAUCACAACCUACUGUACAUGCCAUACAGCUAAUGAUACAGCUGAUGUCUGUACAUUUGACUGUCCGCUGGGUAAAUGUGUGUGUGUUACGCGGCAAAAUUAGCUUCUCCAUGAACGCUUCUUAAAUCAUCUCCCUUUAGUCGACUUGGUUUCUUUUACGUUGAACUUUAGCAUAUAAUAAAUUAAUCACACAGCUGAACAACACAUCGACAGACACAUUUCAAAAUGGAGUGAGCUAUCUUAUUAGCACCAUCUAAUUUUAUAUAACACUGCUCCGCCAACAUACAAAAGAGAUGCAGUGUUGUUUGCAUGGUCGGUUUAACUACCUGAGCUAGCAGGAGGCAACGUAACUUUUCUAACUGGUCAAAUGGAAAAUGUUCACAUUUUACCAGCCACUCGAUACCUCACAACUGUUUUUCGGCUGGUGAGAGAAGCAACUCUAUCAGCUACUAGCAUUUGGUUAGUGGAUGUUGCUAUUUUGUGCUCGGACCUCUAGCUAGUAAGCUCACUUAGCAAAGUGACGGCCAGCUAGACUAGUCACAACAAAAUGCAAGUAGUCCAAAUGUCACCAAACUUCUGAUCACUCUCUGAUGUUACAUUUUUUUCUUAUCUUCAUCAGCAGGUUGAUUUUUGAAAUCACAGUGCAAUUAUUCAGUGGAUUAUUUCUACUUCAUUCAAAAUGGCUAAAUAAUGAAUCACAAAAUAUCUCUUUAUAGAAAAUUGAAAUAAUUAGUGGAGGAUCUCAAAGACUGAAAAAGAAGAGCUGCACACCAACACUGGAAAUGCUCCGUCUACAUAAACUGCACUUAUGUCUACUGCUGUAUGGACAGCUCCUCUUGCCUCUGUGCCAGUACACUGAAUCACUGAUGAAAACGAACGCUGUUAGAUUAACCUCUCAUUAUGUGUCCUAUGAUUGUUGUAAAUAAAUUUGAAAAUGAGA